CAAGCCCCCGAUGGCUUUGGAAGACACAUCUGCGCUGGACGCGGGGCUGAUCCGGGAAGGGGGCUCAGGGCAGGCCCCUCGGGGGUCCGUGAAGAAGAAGAGAAAGAACAGUAAAAAAAGCAAAGCAGAAACCAACGCAGAGGAAACGGAGAAAAGAGAACAUGAGGAAGCAUCCCCGAGGAGAGACACGGAUAUUGAGGGCCUGACCGCGGCGGGCCACCGGGCCUUGCUUCGCGGUGAUACCAAGAAAGCGCUGGCGUGCUUCAAAAGAGCUUUCAUCCUUUCCGAGGGGACCGCCAGCGAGCAGGCUCGGAGGGUGUGUGCCUUCAACCUCGGGGCGGCUUACGUGGAGGCCGGGAAGCCGAAGAAGGGCCUGGACGUCCUCCUGAGGUCUCUGCCGGGAGAGGGAGAGGACGCCGCUGAGCCCAUGGGGGACCUUUUCUUCAAUGUCGGGGCCGCCCACGCAGGGCUGGGGGACUACGCCAAGGCCCUGGAGUCUUUCCGCCAAGCCCAGGCCCGCUACCGCUCUGUCCAGGCUGGGUGCGACGCCAGCACCUCCGUGAAGAUGGGCUACUGCUACCUGGGCCUGGAGGACCCCUCCCAGGCCACCUCCUGUUUCCUGGAAGCCGGGCGAGCCUACGAGGAAGCCGGGAGCCCCGAGCGAGCGGCCACGGCCCUCUGCCAAGCGACCAGCCUCAUGGGGCAGAGCGGGCGCCACGGGCCCGGCGAGGUCGUGCAGGUCUUGGACCAGUGCCGGCAGCUGUGUGAGCAGAUCGCGAACAGGGCCUUGCUGGGAAAACUCUACAACGACAUCGGACUCUGCUUCUCCCAACUCAAAAUCUUCUCACUGGCAGCCGAAAGCUUCGAGCGUGCCCUUCCUUUUUGCCAAAACGGGGAGGAAGCUGCUGUUCAGGAUCGGGGCAAAGAGGCCGCCGUCCUGCAGAACCUGGGAGCGGCCCAGAACAUGCUGGGGAACUUCAGCAAGGCCCUGGGUUUCCACCAGAGAGCCGCUGCGUUGCAUAGCGCCCUGGGGAACCGGAGGGCCCAAGGGCAGUGUUUCUGCAACACGGCCUUCGCAUUCAGCCAGAUGGGGGACCACGAAGCGGCUGAGGAGAACUACCUCCAUGCCCUCCAGGCCUUCAAGGAUGCAGGUGACCUUCAAGGACAGCGCCAGGCCUGCGAAGGGCUCGGGGCCUUGCGAUUCCACCUGGGGGACCCCGAAAGGGCCGUUUUGCAUUACAAAGAAGCCCUCCGGCUGUUCUCUCCCUGUCCGGACGCUUCGGGCCCGGCUCAGGAGCGGAUCGUGAACAAACUGACCGAUGCCCUGCAGUCCACGCUCUCUUGGAACAGCCGGAUUUUCCGUGGCGGUGUGAGGACCCCGUCGGCUCCGAUG